UUCAUUAUAUAUUGUAUGUAGAAGUAGUCUUUUUAGUCAUACAAAUAAUUAUGGCUGCCAGCCACACCAAAAUAGCAUUCACCAUCAAACUCUUGAAACUUUUCCACUCUAAAAACUCUCUUUAUCACUUGUUAAUCUUCUUGAUUGGCUUGCCAAUCGGCUUUGUUUGCGCUCUCUACCUUCAAAAUUUCUCUGCCGCCGUCCAGAUCUCUAUUUUUAGUGUUUUCCAUUCAGUAUCAUUACCACCACCACCGCUAGCGCAUGCUAGUACGCUUUCUUUGUUACCAUCACCAUCAUUACGGCCGCCUAACGAACAAAUGCGCAUGAUGCACAAUAUGAGUGAUGAAGAUUUGGUAAAGAGAGUUGUGGAAAUUUCAAAGAUGACUACCACAAAUACUAGUCCUUAUAAGGUAGCAUUUAUGUUCUUGACACCAGGGCCAUGGCCACUUUCACCAUUGUGGGAGUUGUUCUUUAAAGGGCAUGAAGGUCUUUUCUCCAUCUACGUCCACCCCCAUCCAUCUUACAAUGACACCACCCCUCAUGAAUCUAUCUUCUAUGGCACAAGAAUUACCAGCCAGCCUGUGUAUUGGGGAGAUUUUUCCAUGGCUGAUGCCGAGAGAAGACUGCUAGCGAACGCACUCCUUGAUCCCUCGAAUCAAAGAUUUGUGUUACUAUCUGACUCAUGUAUCCCAUUGUUUAACUUCACCAACACUUAUAGUUAUCUUGUUAACUCGAAAUUAAGCUAUAUAAGCUCUUAUGAUGAGAAAAGAAAAUCAGGUCGUGGUCGCUACAAUCCACAAAUGUCACCCAACAUCACUAUUCAGGAUUGGCGAAAAGGGUCUCAAUGGUUUGAAGUUAAUCGUGAUCUUGCUCUUGCAAUUGUUGAUGAACAAAACUACUACAGUCUUUUUAAAGAAUAUUGUCAUCCACCAUGUUAUAAUGAUGAACAUUAUUUACCAACAAUGGUAAAUAUUUUAUAUGGAGAGUUAAACUCAAACCGAACUAUUACACAUGUUGAUUGGUCAAUAGUGGGCCCGCAUCCAAGAAAAUUUGUGAGGAGUGAGAUUACAGAAGAGUUCUUGAACUCGAUUCGGUUUGGUUCUAACGAAUGUGUUUAUAAUGAUAACACGACACCUAUGUGUGUGUUGUUUGCUAGGAAGUUUACACCAGGUACUUUGAAGCCGUUGUUGAUGUUUGCUCCUUUGUUACUUGGUACUAAUUAUUAAAACUGGUUUGCAAGUACAAGGAGCGUAGAUUCUAGUGUGAUCUGUGUCUCUAUAUUUACUGUUAGGAUACUUGUGAGUCACGAGAGGUGCUAAAGUUAUUGUUUAAGUGUAAAUACCAACAGCCAUACAAAAGAGAAGCAAAUGAAAUGAAGACUUGUAUCUUCAUACUCAUCUUUUUAUGAACUAGUCAUGAGUAGCUAUGAAUCUUUUGAU